AUUCCUCCUUAUCCCACCUCCUUUUAUGCUCUUCUAAUUCUUUUUCCAUUUCUUGUAAAUUUAUUUUUGUUCUUCCUUCCCCAACUCAACUCCCCCUCACUCCAUUAUCCAGAUCAGCUUGUCUCAAGAGAAGCAUAUAAAAGAGGGAGGGUGGAUGCUGGCUUUUAUUUGUAUUCAUAAUGUCCGAACCCAACCCUGUUAUCGGCAGAGACUUUAUGUCUAUCUUAGCGUCGAAAGGGGUUGAUUUUCUUCUCUCUCGUGAAGGAAAGGUGCCAUUAUCAUCUUGUGAUGGGAAGGUAAUUUGCCUCUUCUUCUCAGCAAACUGGUGCAGGCCGUGUCAAGCCUUUACCCCUCAGCUUGUGCAGCUCUAUCAUAUAUUAAAAGCUGAGGAUAAAAACCUGGAGAUUGUCCUUGUAUCCUUUGACCGUGAAGAGGAUGGAUUCAAGGAACACUUCAAGUGCAUGCCGUGGCUUGCAGUUCCAUUUGAUGUAGAACUGCAUGGCCAAUUGAGCAGUGUCUACAGCAUCGAUCGAAUUCCCUCAUUUGUUUCAUUGGCUUCCGACGGAACAUUGAUUGACGAAGACCCUAUUGGGUUGAUAGAAGACUAUGGCUCGGAAGCAUUUCCUUUCAAUAAGGCGAGACGAGAGGAAUUGAGGGCUAUUGAUGAUGCAAAGCGCAAAGGUGGGAAAAUAGAACAUCUCUUGGCACAUGAAGGACGAAACUAUGUUAUAUCUAGAGAUGCUAGAAAGAUAUUAGUAUCCGAGCUUGUUGGCAAGACGAUAGGCCUAUAUUUCGGAGCAUACUGGUGCCCUCCUAGCCGUGCCUUCACUGCCCAACUCAUAGAAGUUUACAAAGAGCUGACAAACAUGAGAGAGGGAUGCUUGGAAAUUAUUUUGGUCUCCACAGAUCGAGACAUUAUGGAAUUCAAUAUCAACCUAAGUAACAUGCCAUGGCUUGCUAUUCCAUACGAGGACAGGACGCGACAGGACUUAAGUAGGAUCUUCCACAUCAAAGGGAUUCCAGCUUUAGUGAUGAUCGGAGAGGACGGGAAGACUAUGAGCACGGACGGGAAAGGGAUGAUAUCUUUGUAUGGGGCCAAGGGCUAUCCAUUUACAGAAAGGAGGAUUAUAGAGAUAGAAGCGGAGUUGAAAGAAGAAGGAGAGGCAUUGCCGCAACAAGUGAAAGAUAGAAAGCACGAACACGCGCUGAAACUGGACAUGGCAAGAGCAUACGUAUGCGACUGCUGUAAGAGACAGGGGAGGUUCUGGGCCUUCUCGUGCGACGUGUGUGAUUACGACCUUCAUCCUGCAUGUGUGCAACAAGGAAAUUUAUAGAAUACAUGUAUAACUGUAGUACAGCAGUUGUGUUUGACUUGCAUGACUGUAGUUUUACUUCGUUCAAGUGCAUACAUAUAUAAAGGUCUAAUCUUAGUCUUAGAAAAAGAGUUGAAUCAAGAAUACAAUUAUUGACUGCUGCAUAAAGCCAAAAGUGAUGAGAAAGAACAACAUAGUUCCAAGAAAAUUGGAGUAAAGGUUGCUGUACUGCUGAGUACUGUUAAACCGGUUAUUAUACAGUAUAAGUUGAAUAUAUUUGUCUUUUUUUUCUCAAAUGGAGAUUUAUGUUUACUGUCAUAUUAAAUAUAUAGUUACAUUGAUUAAUUC